UCAACUUUAUGCCAUGGAGCCCCUGUGAAUCAGAGUUACCUCUUCUCUGAGAAGUAAAAAAAGCUAUCGCAGAGGAUCGUUUCUGGAGCUUGAGGAUCUGCUUCGAUGGCUGAAGAUCUGGUUUUGGACACUGCAAUCAGAGAUUGGGUUCUAAUCCCUCUCUCCGUGGUCAUGGUUCUGAUUGGAAUCCUUCGCUACUUUGUCUCGAAGCUGAUGCGAUCUUCUCAGAUGCCCGACGCCAAGAUCGUCAAAGAAGGACAGGUCGUUAUUAGGGCUAGGAACUUACGGGCGGGUGCGAAUUUAAUUCCCUUGAAGUCCUUCCGUUCUCGAAAAGCGUAUUUCAGCAAUGAGGAGAAUGGGUUGCUUUAUGUCCCCAAGGGGCAGGCUCCAAAUGCCCAGGCACAAAUGUUCUCUGAUCCUAAUAUGGCCAUGGAUAUGAUGAAGAAGAAUCUCUCAAUGAUCAUACCCCAGACUCUUACUUUUGCAUGGGUCAACUUCUUUUUCUCUGGUUUUGUAGCAGCAAAGAUACCAUUUCCAUUGACGCAGAGGUUCAGAUCAAUGUUACAAAAUGGAAUUGACUUGAGCACAGUUGAUGUUAGCUAUGUCAGCAGUCGUUCAUGGUAUUUUCUCAAUCUCUUUGGACUGAGGGGUCUAUUCAGCCUCAUUCUGGGAGAAGAAAAUGCAACUGAUGACACACAACGGAUGAUGCAAAUGAGUGGAUUUGGCUUUGAUCCUACAAAGGGCUUAAGUGCUGAGAAAGACAGUCUUGACAUUGUGCAACAUGAGUGGGCCUUGCCAAAAAUUGAGCAGCGUGCUGAAGCAGUCUUGAGGAAAUUUGUGAGCUGAGCAGUGCUAACUUGACUAACCAGUCAGAUCCCCAGUCGUCCUCACCCGUGCUUCUUUGGUAGUGAAAUUGCUACAGUCGACAAAAUUGAUUAUAUUCUAAGGACACUCUUUGCAACCACAAACCAGUUUCCUGGGUUUGGAUGAAUUUUGGUUGUCUAGAGAGAUCAUCACUUGUGUUAUGCAUUUGUUAUUAGUUUUUACAAGAAAAGAUUUUCCCUUGUUUUUGUUGU